CAACUCUGGACCCCUGGAAUCGAUUCUACAUAGAUUCUACCUUCACCAUGUCCAUAUCCCAUGGACCGACCCAUCCAGGCGCACCAUCCUAGCAGCGUCAAGCAGAUAAUCGGCCGCGGCGGAGAAAGCUACAUCGGCGUCAUCGACGACACGACCGUCCUCAAAUACCCCAGCAUCCCGGGCCAAACCAGCACCCUCCGCAUCGAAAGCCAACUGCUCGAGAUCCUCGGCCGUCAUCCCCGAAUCAUUGCCUCCAAGGGUCUCACCCCUGAUGGCCUUCUCCUCGAAUACGCUGUCAACGGCGAUCUCUACGAGUACCUCGCCGCGAACCCCGGGAGCUCUCUGCAUCUGCGCUUACGCUGGUGUCGACAAGCCGCCGAAGCAGUCGAGUACGCGCACCAGAAGCGUGUUAUCCACUGCGACAUCAACCUACGCAAUCUCCUCCUCGACUCGUAUCUAGAUCUCAAACUCGCCGAUUUCCAAGGGAUGCACAAGUCGGGGGACGGCAGCGUGCUCUUCGAUGGCUUGUCUCGGGAGCGCACGAAAUCGUUUCUUCCCCGGCUGCAUGGCGAUUAUGCGGAUGUAAAAACGGACCUUUUUGCCCUGGGCUCGGCGAUCUAUUUUAUCAUGGUGGGACAUGAAGUGUUCCCGGAUUUGGAUGGGGGGGUGGAUGAUGAGGAGAUUGAGCGCAGGUUUCGAGAGGGGUGGUUUCCAAGGGGGCCGCAGGCGUGUGAUGCUAUUACGAGGAAGUGCUGGAAGCAGGAGUAUGGCUCUGCUCAGGAGGUGGUUGAUGAUGUUGCGAUGGUGCAGAAGAGAUGUAAUCUCCAUGUUAUUGUUUGAUGAACUGAAGACAGCUGGCUUGUCGGUCCUGUGAGAGAGAUUGAUUAACCUGAAGGAAGACUGACAUGUCAAUGAGGACUUCGAAAUGUUGGUGAUUCAAAAGUAGACUGCGUUUCAUGGACAGAUUUGCAUGGAAGGACAGCAUAGCUGUAUCAGAGAUCUACAAAUCCGGACUGC